AUGGCUCCCUCCCCCUUUGACACCGCGAAGCUCACCCUCGACUACCUCCCCUACGCCUGCGAGUUCGAUCCCCAAGAUGCCAACAGGCUGCUCGUCGGAGGCGGCGGCGGCGCCAACAGGUCCGGCGUCGCCAACAAGAUCACAGUGAUCGACACCUCGGCAAAGGACGAGCUGCGCAUCGCCGGCGAGGCCGACCUCAGCCGCAACGAGGACAGCGUCAUGACCCUCGCCGUCGGCCCCAAGAAGGGCCGCAUCUCCCACGUCUACGCCGGCAUCAACUCAACCCCCGCCGACGUCGAAAAGGGCAAGAACGAGCACUUCCGCGUCUUCGGCGUCGAGCAGAGCAAGGCGCGUCUCUCCGUCGGUGCUAACAGCCCGAGCGUGAACCUCGCCGAGCUGUCGCGCACCGCCCUCUUCGCCCCCGCCGAGAACGACAAGGACGCCUACCAGCGCCUGCUGAGGCUGUCUGCGCCCUUUGGCGAGAAGCACCAGCUGGGCGCCGUGGCGACCGGUCUGGCGAAGCAGUCGCAGAUCUCGCUCUUCGAGGUGUCGGCCGCUUCCGGGGCCGCGGUGAAGCCAAGGGGCACGUUGGAGAUUUCGAGGGAGGCAAUGGAUCUGGAUGUAAUUCAGACCGGCGACGAGACGUUCCAGGUCGCCUUCUGCGAUGAGCGCGACCUCUUCGUUGUCAACGUCACCAAGAACAGCGUUGAUGGGCCGCAUCUGGCUUUCACGAUCAAGGAGGACGGGGCUGGCGUCACGCCCAUCUUCAGGUCGAUUCGGUACUUGUCGCCAAACUUCAUCAUGGCCGGCUGCAACCUUCCUAAGCGCACUGGCGUGGUACUCUUGGGCAUCCGCCUGCCGAUGAAGGAGGAGAAGGGCCGUCUGGCCGCGUCGGCCAAGCUGCCAAAGACAGUGACGCAGGCGACUACCAUUGCCGUGCGGAACCUGAACCCGGCGUCAACACCCGAUGCCAAGCUCGGCAACACGCAAUUCGUCGUCGCCGUGGCAGGACAAGACCGCUCCGUGUCGCUCUUCACAGUCGAGCACAAGUCUCUCUCGAAUCUCGAGCUCCUCACCAACCUCGAACGGCUGACGACGCUGAAGGAGGUCCACCCUCUGAACAUCACAAACGUCGCCCUGUCCCACUUCAUCCCGCCCAAGACGACCGCCCGUCCUCAGUACCUCAAGCUCGCCAGCAUCUCCAUGAAGAACACCGUCGUUGUGCACUCGAUCCUGCUCAAGAAGUUCACCGACAGAGAAGUCCCCCUGCGCAAGGGCGGCCCGCCCAGGCCUCAGCGCUACGCCGUCGCUCUGCAACCCAAGAGAUACGGCACCAAGGCUACCAUCACGCUCGUCAGCAUCAUCGUCCUCGUCUUGGCCGUCCUCUUCCAGAUCGGUCUCGAGUCGGCAGGCGUCGUGAGCCCGCGAUUCCUUGCCAAGACGAGCCCCCUCGCCAACCCCAACACCCCCAACGAGUUCCUCUCGACGCUCAUCGGCGAGGUCCACGCGCUCCAGGGUGAUCCGAUCGUCAUCCGCGAGGACGCCGUCACCCCUACCCACCCCGAGGAGAACCCGGUCCCGAGGUUCCAGGCCGCUGUUCACGACGAGGCAGUCUACGGCCCCGCGGUCAGCUGGGACGAUCUCUCGGCGCAGCAGAAGAAGCUCUGGAAGGAGAAGCUCUCCAAGGCGGGACACUGGACGCAGAACAUGGGCGAGAGUGUGUUCAAGGGCAUCCUGUUCGGCGAGCUGGCCGGCGCUGUGAGACAGGCGGUUGCUGGUCAAGUAUGA